AAAGAAAAGUUACUGUAUACUUUUGCACAGAUCCAUACGGCCCUGGGUGCCUCUAGACCAAUAUUGGACAAACUUAGUUUAUUCCUUAGUCAAAUUACCUUACAUGUUCUGUUUAAAGGGCGAAUUGGCUCUGGAAGCCAAAACAGACAAAUAUUCAAUCUAAAUGUGAAUUGAUUCUCAAUUGCGGUACUGUUUUAGAAACAUAAAUCCCUCUACUUUCAUCACAAUUUCACAAAUGUAAAAUAAACACUUACUGCACACUGUUUUUAACACCAGUUGCAGUAAAGUAUAUUUCAGUGACUACACCUGGCGUCUGUCAUCUGUUUACACAGGUGUUUGUAGUCCACUCUUGUCUGUUUUCUUUAAACACGCGCUGUGACAUGGAACAAUGGCACUGUGUGAACACUAACCUUAUUAAUAAGCAUUGUAAAGACCCCACUCAACAAUGUCUUGGCACAACGAAGGAGCAAUAGUUACAGGCGAUCCAUGCGAAGCUGCGUUGAAGCAACUAAUCUGGGAUACACAUCAGGCCAUCUGACAGCUCUAAGAAUACCAAGAAGUAGAAGAACUCCAAAAUCACGUGAUAUCACAAAACAGGUUGACCCAGACCAAGUGGCACUCCUGGUGACGAAAGAAUGGGAGCUGUCGUACGUCACACCUUUGUACCAGUUCAGACACACUCAGUUGAAAUCCUAUUCAAAGCAUCUAUCAGCUUUCAUUGUAUCAGAGAAGCAACAGGGCCUGGCGAUUGAAGUUGGCCAGGAAUUGGGCUUCAAGGUAAAUUUCUCGGUGGUCCUUGGGUUGGCAGAGACGGAUGAAGAUGCUGAGACGGUUUUCAUACAGAUUCUCUCCAGACAAGCGUUUGCUGCAAAAGAUGAUGCUCAGAAGGUUGUGUGGAGUGGCUGGCUGACCUGCGUCAACGGUGACUUAGAGUAUCUCCGAUCCCUACCAUCAGAAUUUGUCAGUUUGCCUUUGCUCUGUACCAGGGGACCAGAGUCUCUCACAGUUUUGGUCAAAUCCUGGUUUGAAAAGACAUUUGACUGUUGCUUUGGCCCUCUUGGUAUCAACUCUGCCAACCUCCAGUGGCUCGCAGCCCUGUGGAUUGGGUGCCACCCCAACAUCAACAUCCAAUACCUGAAACUGGUUUGGACCCUUCCAACACUACCCCCUAUGGAUGUUAAGUACACCAUCCACCCACAAGAUGCCUGGGAGCUUUGGCACAGUGUGCGGCAGGAUGACACAACAGAUGUCAGCAUCGAGGAGGUCACCAGGUUCAUCAAAGGGCUGCAGUCACACUUCUUCAGGCACUUCAGGAUAGAAUUGUCCGCUGGGUCACUGAUGCAGGUCUCCACGGCUUUGGGUUCUUCUCACCAUAGUGGAAAAAUCAAGAUUGCAAGCCCUACCUACAUCACCACCAUCCUGCAGCUGCUGACAGAAUGUGCCCUCCUGAAGAUGCCAAUCUAAUCAACAUUUGCAUGUAAACCUCACAAUUACUGUCCAUAUGAAAUUAAACUGUUUGACAUUUAUA